GCACUUACACCUGAUUAAAAAGAAAAAGCUUUUUGUAUGAAAAGAAGAAUUCUCAUUUUCUCAGUUGAUUUUGAUUCAAUCAUAGGCCGUCUUUUGUCAGAAAAAGUUAUAAUAUAAUUAUUGAAUUGUCAUAUAAACGAUUCUCAUACUCAGAAAAACAAAAAGUGAAAACUUUUUUUUAACUACACUAUGCUGAAGCUUGUUUUAGCUGUGAGCUGCCUUCUUGUGGUGGCAAAUGCAGAUUUUGUUCGAGUCAAACUUCACAAAGUCCAAACUGCACGCAAUCAUUUCCACGAAGUGGGCACUGAUAUCGAGAGACUAAACAAUGUAGCUGGGCCAACACCGGAACCCCUAUCCAAUUACCUUGAUGCUCAGUAUUAUGGUGUUAUCAGCAUUGGAAACCCACCACAAAGCUUCAAAGUUGUCUUCGAUACUGGUUCCUCCAACCUCUGGGUACCCUCGAAGAAGUGUUACUUCACCAAUAUCGCCUGUUUGACUCACAACAAAUACGAUGCUAAAAAGUCGUCUUCUUACAUUAAGAAUGGCACUGAAUUUGCAAUUCAAUAUGGAUCGGGAUCUUUGUCUGGGUAUCUUUCAACCGACGAUGUAAACAUCGGAGGAUUGGACAUCAAGAAACAGACUUUCGCCGAGGCACUUAGCGAACCUGGUCUGGUCUUUGUCGCAGCCAAAUUCGACGGAAUUCUCGGUUUAGGCUACAGUUCGAUCUCAGUGGAUGGUGUCGUUCCACCUUUCUAUAAUCUAUUCAACCAAGGAUUGGUGCAAUCCCCAGUAUUCUCAUUCUAUUUGAACAGGGACCCUAGUGCGUCAGAGGGAGGAGAGAUCAUCUUUGGAGGAUCCGACCCCAAGCAUUAUAAGGGUGAAUUCACCUACCUGCCCAUCACCCGCAAGGCCUAUUGGCAAAUCCAAAUGGACUCUGGAUCAAUUGGCAAUGUGACUUUCUGCGAGAAGGGUUGUCAGGUAAUCGCCGAUACCGGCACCAGUCUUAUUGCCGGCCCCACCUCCGAGACUGCAGUGAUUAAUAAGGCCAUUGGUGGCACAGCAUUGCCUGGUGGACAGUACUUUGUGAGCUGUGAUCUCAUUCCCAAUUUGCCAGUUAUCAAAUUUGUUCUCGGCGGAAAGACAUUCGAGCUCGAGGGCAAGGACUACAUUCUGCGUAUUGCCCAAAUGGGUAAGACAAUCUGCUUGUCUGGAUUCAUGGGAAUCGAUAUUCCACCACCAAACGGACCCUUGUGGAUUCUUGGAGAUGUUUUCAUUGGCAAAUACUACACAGAGUUCGAUAUGGGCAACAAUCGUGUUGGCUUCGCUGAAACAGUUUAAAACAAAGAAGAGAGGUCUUUAAAAGUUAUCAUUGUAGGUAUUUUGCUAUCAAUCAGUCGAAUGGCUAUUUGAGUGCAUAACACCAGAUACAGUCAUUCCAGUUGUGACUUAUUUUUUUGCUUCAUUUUGUGUUUGUUUUGAAAAUAAAUAUUGAGAUUGACCUAUCUUAAA